AUGCGAAUUAUUUCUGGAUUUUUUAUUCAUACACCAAAUAUGACCUUACAUCAACUACCAGAAGCAUUUCGAAUUGUUUUACCAGGAAGUUGGGAUUGGUUUUUCCUAAGAUCUCAACAACUACUAUUAUUUUUUCAAGAUGCUACACAUCUUGCAACCAAAUGGAGAAAUAGAAUCUUGUCUAGCAAAGCCGAGCUUACAAUUGGAAAUUUUCAAAUAAAAAUGCAGCAUCUUCUAGAUUUAUUAACAUCUCCUGACAAAAAAAUUGAGCAUAAUUUAGUGCAAACCGAUGUGAAUCCAAAAGAUAAGCAAAAUUUUCCAUCUUGCAAAAAAAUAAGUUCUCAAAAUGUUUUAGAUUUAUUACUGAAAAAAAAAGAAACAGAAGCUACUUACGUCUAUCUUAACUUAUUGCAAUAUAUCAUUAGCGCAUAUGUUGAAACAAGUACUCCAAUUGAAGAUCGUCUUUACUACUCAUGGACAGUCGUAUUUGUUUGCAGAAUGUGGAAGAUUUGGUUGAACCACAAUUCACCCAUAAAUACCUCAACAUUAAAUGAUAAAUCUUCAAAACGAAAUAAGAAUAAAAAUAAAUAUUUCAUCACCACACCGAUAUAUCGAUCAAUUGAAAUCAACAGUCAUAAUUUACUGUAUCUCAUAAUUUUAGUGAAGCAACGUACUUUACCAAAAGAAGCUUUAAAUGUUUUCUUGUUUAGCUCACAGCCUUGCGAAUCAACAUUUAAAAAUGCAAGAGCUUUGAGUGGAAUUUAUCAUACGGCUGUAAAUUUUACUGCAGCCGAUUUUCUUCGUCGAAGUGAAAAACUAUCCAUUCUUAACGAAGAAAAAUGUAACAAUGUAUUAAACGAAAAUGAUCGAGAACUUAAAUUUCCAAUUCAUCAUAAAGGAAAUAGAGUAAACUAUGAUUCUUUAUCUAAUUUGAAUGAUAUCGAUAAAAUCAGCGUUGAAAAUAUUAUUUUAGCUGCAUUUAAUCGUGCAAAAGAACUAGUUAGUAAUUUGAAUAUAUUACCUUCAUUAAAGAAAUGCAAUGCUUGUGAACUUAAUGGUUUAAGUAAAAAUAUAUUUGAUAGUAUUAGAUUCAACAUUAAUUCGGAUACUUAUUCGGCAACGGAUGCAGAUUCUUCAUCAGAUUCUGAAUCUGAUUAUGAUGAUGAAACGAUGGAAAGUAAUGAAUUUAAUAGUGAUCUAAUCAAUGUGGAUGAAGAAGAUAAAGAUGCGGCAACGACACAAAGUGUUGAUGAAAUUAAGACUGAGAAAAUAAAUUUUACUGGUAUGCGUAUAUUUGAUUCGAUCAAUCCAGCAAUGAAAAACUCCUAUUUUCAAGUGCAAAUAAAUAACAAGAUUAAAUUUAUACACAAGCAAACGGCUUGUUGGUUAUUAACUGACAAAGCUAGCCGUUUAUCGGCUGAUAGAUUAUCAAGAGUGAUAGAAACAAACAAAAAGGAUUAA